ACCCUCCACGUGCGUCGUGGCAAAAGUGGAAAAGCCAGGGGAAGGGUUUCUCCAAAACCCUCCAACAAAAUCGCGACCGCCGGCGGAGGAUCGGCGCCGCCAUGUCGCAGAUCCUCCUCCUCCUCCGCCUCUCCGCCCACUCCCACGGCGUCCGCAUCCACGGCUGCCGCCGCCUCAGCUCCGCGGUCUACGGCGGCGGGAGGCGGCCGGCCGGGCCGCCGCGGGACGACGAGGCCAGCCGGGCGGUGCGGGUGUCGGUGUGGUGGGACUUCGAGAACUGCAACAUCCCCAACGGCGUCAACGUCAACCGCGUCGCCCCGCGCGUGUCCGCCGCGCUCCGCGCCGCCGGCAUCCGCGGGCCGCUCUCCAUCACCGCCUUCGGGGACGUGCUGCAGCUCGCGCGGUCCUCACAGGAGGCGCUCGCCGCUACGGGCGUCUCCAUCUCCCACGUCCCAAGCAGUGGGAAGAAUAGUUCUGACCGCUCUUUUAUGGCUGAUCUUGUCUACUGGAUUGCUCAGAAUCCGCCACCAGUUCAUUUUUUCCUUAUAUCUGGGGAUAAAGAUUUUGCAAACAUCUUGCAUCGUUUGCGAAUGAGCAACUACAAUGUACUGCUUGCUUGUCCUAGUUCUGCUACCAGUGUACUGUGCAGUGCAGCAACAAUCAUGUGGCCUUGGGAUGGUUUAGUUAGAGGGGAGGAUUUGUCACCAAAACGUUUUAACCACCCACCGGAUGGUUUACAUGGAUCUUGGUAUGGUCACUGCCAAGGAGCCCUUGAUGACCCCUCCCUGGAGAAGGAAUCGAAGGAACCCAUCAAUGUAGCAUCUGAUCCAAAGCAUUUUUCAGUACCAUCUGAUACCAAGCCUAGCUCAGCCCCUAAAUAUGUAACAAAUGCAAUUCUAGAGGUACUACGUUCAUAUCCUGAAGGGAUGAGGAUCUCAGAACUCCGAGGACAGCUUAUAAAGAACAGUAUUGAUCUUGAUACAGAUUUUUUUGGUCACAAGAAAUUCUCUCGCCUUCUUGAAUCAAUGCCAAAUGUUGUUAAACUAGUAGAUCAUCCAAGUGAAAACCAACUAUAUGCAAUUCCCGUCAACAAAAGACUUCUGCAGCCUGGUGACAGAGCCCUUGAUGACCCCUUCCUGGAGAAGGAAUCAGAGGAACCCAUCAAGGUACCAACUGAGUCCCAGCAUUGUUCAGUACCAUCUGAUACCAAGCCUAGCUCAGUUCCUAAAUAUGUAAAAAAUGCAAUUCUGGAGACACUACGUUCAUAUCCUGAAGGGAUCAACCUUUCACUACUCCGAACAGAGCUCAAGAAGAAAACAAUUUGUCUCGGUCCAGGUUUUUUUGGCUACAAGAAGUUCUCUUGCCUUCUCCAAUCAAUACCAGAUAUUGAAUUGGUGGGUCCUCAAACUGGUGAAGGAUAUGCAAUUGCUGUCAACAGAAGAUUGCUGCAGCCUGGUGACGGAUGUACUAAGACCCUUAGCUCAGAUCAAUGUAAUGUCAGGGAGAAUAACCCAACUGGGACAGCACACACUGAUAAGAAGCAUACACUAAGUUCUUCUCAAAGCAUUGACUGGAGCAGAAGCUUCAUAGAGACACUAAGUGAACACCCACCUACAUUUUCUGUCUUACCUUCCCCAUCAAAUGGGCUAUCUGAGGACCAAAAUGAGUGCCCAGUGGCUGAUGUGAGUGGGUCGACAGAGUCACCAUCAAAGCACAGGGAAGUUGAUGAAAUGACUACCCCUGGAACUCCCUCUUCCUCAGGGGUGGAAAAUGCCGCUAACAAAGAUGGAUUCUUUAAAAGGAUCUGGACAAUGUGGAAUGGCCCCGAGAAUGUUAAGUCUGAGGUUUCUCAAAAUUGUGAAAGCAUUUCUGCAGAAGUGAUUGAUGAUUUGCAAAAAAUGACCUCUUCCAAAAAUGACCGCUCAGAUGGUACUGAGAGCACGGCAGCAGUAAGUGAUAAUUUAUCAAUUUCAUUAGGUGACGAUCAUUCUGAAAAAAUAAAGAGAGAUCCAUCAAUUCCUGAAAACCCAGAACCAUGCAGAAAACCUGUUGCUGUUUCCGUGAGUAAACCUGGAAAGAAGGAUGACAUUUCCGAAAUGAAUUGGGGCCUGUUUAACUGGGCUUCAAGGUGGUGGACAUUUGGAAAAUCAGAUGCAGAUAGUAGUACAACCAACAUAAAUGCUGAUGAUGAACUGAAGACUGACUCUAUUGAAGAAUUUGAAUCUUCGAAUGUUCCAACUUAUGGAAGUGCACAGCAGGUGGUUCAUGAAAUUUUUACAAAGCCUGACUUGUGGGCAGUUUUGGAGCAACAGUUAUCAGAACCUCUUGGGUCUGAGGUUAUUUUGAAAGCAAAGACAAGGGAGGAAUUGGCACAUGGAUUGCGGAAGUUAAAUUGUUGGCCUUUGAAAGGCCUCCUUGAGAAAGAUCUGCAUCAUCUGGUACAUUUGUUAAUUUCGGAAAAGAAAUGGAUUGAAGAAACUUCUUCCAGACUUUUCCCUUUCCGUCUUACCCUCCCUCACAAGAGAAAAUGUGUUCCAUCGAGUUCCAACAAAUCCAAUGGUCUUAGUUUUAUUUUUUCAAGUGGGAAGCCACAAAAGGGCAAAUAUGUUUAUAAAAGUAGGAAAAGCAAGUCUCUCACUAGGGAGGAGAUACUAUCAGAUUGUCACAAGUUGUUGAAGGAGCUUCUUUCUGAGUCUGAAUAUGGAUUCAACAUCGGAAUUUUCAAGCGCUGUUUUACUCAGAAGUAUGGAUACGAGCUUAAUCACCAGAAGCUUGGGUAUCCGGACCUUGAAUCACUGUUGCAAAUUAUGCCUGAUGCAAGGGUAAAAUUCCCAAGGGUUAUGCCCUCAGAACACGGGAACGGCCAGGGUGGCAGCAAGGCAAAUGGAAACCGAAGCAAUGGUGAUGACUUGAUUUGGGAGGAGCUUGGUCCUGUAUCAGCCACUACUGCAACCGCUGCUGCAGGGGUCGACAAGGAAAUGUGCUACUGUCCUCCCACUCCUUCAGAUGAUGAAUUCUCGGAUAGCGACAGUGUAAAAGAUCAGCAGCCUAGAAGAAACACUGAGCAGCAGAGCUCGCUUCUCCAGAUCAUUGGUUCUUGGAACAGUAGCAAGAGUGAUGGCUGUAGCAAGAAACCUCAAGACAUUGAUGGGUUGGUGGACUGUUCUAGACGCAGCCCAGGCAAUCUUGACAGUAUGGCCUUAGGAAAGGCUCAAACGUCUUCAAAACUAUCGCAUAAGCAGUACUCUUUCGUGUCGGACUCUGGGGAAGACAGUGAGCCGGAUAAGCUAGUUGAGAGCGUCUUGGGCAGUCUGCAAAAAGCACGGGCCUCAAAGUUGCACAAUUGAACAUCUGCUGCCAUUUGCAAAAAAGUCGGCUCGCUUCGCUUGUCCUCAAAUUGAAGCGGUCAGCCUGAUAUCUUUUUAAAAUCCACCAUGGUCCUUGCUUGGUCGCCUCAUAUCAAACAAAGGCGCACUUUUUGUGGCUAUAAUCUCAUUAGUCUGACAACAUAUGCUAGUAAGCUACGGAUUGGCAGGAGUUAUCCAAAAGAGCAACUUUCGUUUUUGCAACAUAACGAAGCUUGUUUAUGGCGCCAUGGCUGAUUGUUACCAACGGCGACUACGAGCAAGCAUCAGCCAGCGAGACUGGUGAAUCAAGUUCAUCAUUUACUCAGAUUAGGCUUAGGCCUUAAUAACUGGUAUGUUAGCAUUGGGUACCACUACCACAUCUGGCUAGAGACCGCCACCUGUUUCUGCUUUCUUUUUUCUGCAGGGCGUUUGUCCGCCCAAUUGACACGCUCAUUUUCCUCAUAAAUUGGUUAACACGGCGGUUUAGAUGAUGUCCACUACCAGUGUUGGUAUUCCAUGGACUUUUUUUUUCUUUUUUGGCUACGUCGAAUUUAGUAGUUUCUGUAGUAUAUAAAAUAUAAAACACUACUAUAUGCCAUGACACAGACACUUGUGUCAGGGCACAUUGGAAUGCCAGUUGUCUGCAAUACCUUGAAAUCUUAUCCACCCUACCCUGGCCCCUUGGCCACGUUGGGUUCACUGCUGAUGGUUGUA